UUGAAGUUGGUGAAAGAUGGACGCACGAGCAGACGACAGCCAUGUGCUCCGUACUUCUUUGGAACUGGACAUCCUGAAUGGCAUUACCUGUGUCACUGAUGUAGGCGAAAACACAGAAGUUGAUAGGCUCUGUGGACACCUGUGCAAGGGAGACUAUGGACAGGUGCUGAAGACUGCUGCAGCCAGAAACAUCCUGGGAACAGACCGGGAUGUUCCAGCAAGACAGCCCUACCCAGACUUCCUCAGCAGGCAGGUACAGGAGUACCUGUCUAACACAGGGGAUGACACAGCUUGUGAUACACCGCUAGACAGGGAGCUGUGUGUUCUCCAGACCGGGAUAGCCUGCCUACAGAUGUUUGUCCAGUCCAACUGGACCGGUCCACCCGUGGGGGGGAACCAGACUGACAUCCUCCCACAGGCUUACAGACAGGAACAAAAGGAUUUGUUAGAGACAGUUGGGCAGGCCCUAACCUGUGACGGGGAGAGCGUCUACCCUCUGUGCUCCAACCUGCUGUACUUCCUGGCAGCUCGGACACUGCUGAUGGACAACUAUCACCACCUCACGCACUGUCAGACUGCAAGUUGGUGGGGCCUGAGAUGUGUGUGGGUACACCAGCAGCUCAUGGAAGAGUCUAGGCUGCCAUCUCUCCAGAAACUGGCUCUCAAAUACAUACAAGAUGUUACAGAGAAGCUUUCUUGGUCCACAGUUACAGCGAAGGAAGAAGUGCUGUUCUCCGACAGCUGCAGGUGGCUGCAGGUGCUGUACCAGCUGGAAGCAGGCUACACCUGUCUGCACUACUACCAGUACAAAGCAGCACAGGAACACUUCAGCACUGCUGCGAAGCUGGCUCGUCUCCAGGUGGAACUCACAGGUGCCAUGGGGAAAAGAACACGGUUUCAGCGGGGAGACAAGCCACAGCUGGUGCUGCAGGUUUGCAGGGAGGGAGACUUUCAACUGGAACAGCCAGAAAAGGGGGAUGCACCUACUCCUAAGGAUGUAGCCCUGGAUGAUGACACGCUACUGAACCAGAUGAAGCUGACUGACCCGGACCAGGUGGAGGCUGCUGAUCUCUCAUCUGUAGAACAAGCCCUUGUGUUGGGCCUGUGCAUCAACAGGAAGAUAAACAAUCCUAAGGACAAACUGACUGAAGAAGAGGUCUUAGCAUAUGUCUAUUACCUGCUGGGCCAGCCCCGUGAUUGGUCGGUGCAGACAGCCGCACUGCUGCUCAGAUCUCGUGGGGAGAAAGAGAGCAGCCGUAAGGUGGAGCGGUCCAUGAUGCAGCUUCAGUCGUUGGUUGACCAGUAUAAGUCAUCGACUCCCUCUGCCCAUGUCAGACUGAGUCAGCUGUACAGUGUGGCCCUGCCACCUCGAUGGAUCAUGGAGAGAGAGUUGGCGCAGGUACUGAUCAGCCUGGGUGCCGUCAGCAGCGCCCUGGACGUGUUCCUGCGGCUGCACAUGUGGGAGGACGCCAUCACCUGCUACCAGCAGCUGGGUAGGUACCAGAAGGCAGAGCAGCUGAUCCGGGACCAGCUGGCCGUCCAGGAGACUCCAACGCUCCUGUGUCUGCUGGGGGAUGUCACAGGGGAGAAGCAGCAUUACGAGAAGGCCUGGGAACUCUCUAACCACAGGAGUGCUCGUGCCCAACGUAGUCUGGGCUGGGUCAACUUUAAGGAGGAAAAGUUUUCUGAAGCAAUCACCUGUUUCGAGAAGUCUGUAGAGAUCAAUGGACUUCAGAAUUCCGUGUGGUUUGCCCUGGGCUGUGCUGGGAUGUCUGCUCAGAGGUAUGACGUUAGUGCCCGUGGGUUCUCCAGAUGUGUCAUCAUAGAUUAUGACAACUUUGAGGCUUGGAAUAACCUUGCUACAUCCUACAUCAGGAUGAACCAAAAACAGAAGGCAUUCCGAGCCCUCCAGGAGUCCCUGAGGUGCAACUUUGAGCACUGGAAGAUCUGGGAGAACUAUUUAGUGGUUUGCACAGACAUCGGUGAGUUUGAGGAGCUGGUGGCAGCUUAUCAUCGAAUGCUAGACCUGAAGGACAAACAUGCUGAUGUUCCAGUGCUUGAAGUGCUGGUAGAUGCUGUGAGCCAAGACCUGCAGGACAAUAGUGGCAGACCAGCUUCCAGACUGAGGGGCAAGGCUGUGGAGUUGUUUGGUAGACUGACAUCAAAGGUCACCAGCAAUGCCCAGAUAUGGCGGCUCUAUGCCAGACUGCAUGGGGAUGGGCAUAGUGAGGAUGCACAGGAAAAUGAGAAGGCCCUGCAGUGCCUACAAAAGGCCCAUCGCUGCAGCACACAGACCUCGGGAUGGGACCGGGAGCCAGCCUCCGCAGGGGAGGUCAUGGACCAAGCACUGCUCCUAGCUCAGGCUGCCAUGGCAGUGAGCAAGAGGAAGACCAACUCCACUGAAGCCAUCCAAACCCUGUCGGCUGCCAAGAUGGCACUGCGGCAGGUUGGGACCAAGGUUCGUCAGGGGCACACCGACGCCAUGACAGGACAGGUGCAGGAGGACCUGGCUGGCAGACUGGCUGAUGUGGACCAGACUCUGGCGACAAUACAGGAUCUCAUAGACAGUCUGAGGAGCUAGUCACAGUAGCAUGGGACGCAUUGUGCAAUAUAGCCAACCUGUAAAGGCAUCUUCUUGUCUUAAAGUUACAAACUGGUGAAGAAUAAUCUCCAGGUAGAUCUACCAG